AUGCACGUCACAGAUACCCACUAUGCCGCUGCAUUUUACAAUAUGUCAGCUGUUCAGUUCUGGAAAGACAGUCUUAUUCCAACAUCAACAUCAACUACAACAAUAUCCAAUGAGGUUGCCACUUGUGGAAACGUACCAGAAGAUCCCUUUGAAUGGUUAGUGGCCAGAGAACGAAAUUCCAAAAUCCUGCGAUUAGAAGCCAUUCAAAGAGCCAUUGCCCAUGGUGGAAGCAUUGCGGUGCUAAAAUGGGCACUCCAACAAGAUUAUCUUCGAACAACAAAUCCAGGUACCAUGGCAUUGUUCGCCUUACACGGUCACAGUAAAGCCUGCCAAUUCUUACGCAACAAACAAAAUUGUCCCUGGAAUGAAAGUGCGACUGCCAAUGCCGCCCUCAAUGGACACUUGAAAACAUUAAAAUGGCUACGAGCCAACAACUGUCCUUGGAACGAACGAACGUGUACCAAUGCCGCCAAGAAUGGACAUUUGCACGUUCUACAAUACGCUCGCGACAAUCACUGUCCGUGGAAUGAACACUACUUGUGUCAGACUGCCGCAGGACACGGGCAGAUCCAUAUUCUACAAUGGCUGGCAGAGCAAGGAUUAGUAUUGCAUCUAUUAUUUGAUGAAUUGACGUGUCUGAAAGCAGUACAGCAUGGGCAACUACAAGUCGUCCAAUGGCUCCACGAACAGCAGUUGUGGCGAGAAGGCAACUAUUGCUUUUGCGACGAAGCGGCCGGUAGUGGACAUUUGCACGUCCUCAAGUGGCUCGUCGACAAGGGACUCUCGCACUGCGACGCCACCACCAGUGAAUUUGCCUCCCUUUCCAAAAAUUGGGACGUCCUCAAGUUUCUCCACGACCUCGGAUGCCACCAUGCGGGAGGGUACCUCGAUGCGGCUCGACAAAAUGGGGAGCUCCUAGAAUGA